AUUGAAUGGGCAAUCAAUAACAAAUAUUGAAAUUGACAAAGACCAAAUAGUUUAAACGUAACAGAUCUACUAAUUAAAUAGCAAACUCUGUCAUUGUAAUCACAGGGGCUUCGAGUGGAAUAGGACGAGAGUUAGCAUUAUAAUAUGCCACCAGAGGAGUCAAGUAUAGAAAAUACUAAAUUGAUUUAGAUUAAUGUUGGCUGCAAGAUCAGAAGAAGAAUUACAGCAAGUUUGUGCAUUAUGUGAAUAACUGGGAUCUAGAGCUCAUUAUAAGAUCACAGAUGUAUCUAAAGAGGAAGACUGCAAGUAUUGAAUAAUUUAGGAAUGAGAGAUAGUUGAUAGAGGAGACAGUGAGAAUAUACAAUAGAAUCGAUAUUGUAGUGUUAAAUGCAGGAGUCAAUGCUCAUUCCUUUUUUGAAGAAUUCAAAGACUUAUCAGUUUUCAAGAAAAUAAUGGAUGUCAAUUUUUAUGGAUAUGUAUAUUGUACUAAGUAAGCAUUUAUUCAUAUGCAAUUAGAUAUGCAUUACCGCAUAUAAGAAAGAGUUCAGGCUAGUUUGUAGUAAUGUCUUCGAUUUCAGGGGAGAUUGGACUACCUUAUAGAGUGUCAUAUUGCAGUUCAAAGUUUGCUGUAACCGGGUUUUUUGAAGCACUUAGAACAGAAUUGGAAGAUUUCAAUGUAGCGAUAACAAUUGUGUGUCCUCCAAGUGUACGAACUCCAAUGAGGGAUCAUGAUUUAUUAAAGAAGCAUUCACCUAAGGAUGAGAGUGAGGAUCGAAUUAGUAUAUCAGAAUGUGUGUCUAUGAUUUUAGAUGCAGCAGACAGAAGGGCCAGAAAAGUAUAUAUUUAUAUUGAUUAGAUCUUCUUCCCAUUUAAAGCUUACAUGAGUGUGUAUGUGAGACCUAUCUUUCCUGAUUUUGUGGAUAAGAGAUUAAAAUAGAAGGCUAAGUUGUGAGAAUAAAAACAAAUUGUCA